AUGGCCUCGAACGGGCAACUACUCGCGCAUCGCAACUACUACGGGACGACCGGCUAUGGCUCACCACCGCCAUUCGAUACCUCACGGCCCAAGCUGAAGCCCGCAGAGCGAGAGCUGGCAGACUUCACGCUCCUCGAAGCCCUCGACCGCGACGACCGCCCUACCUUCGCCGUCGAAACACGAUCGUCCUUAGGCCACGAUGAAGCCUACACCAUCGAUCUCGUGUAUGCGAACACGGCGCUUCACACCAUUGGCGGGCUUAUGACCAAGAUCACAGGCGACGAGUCGACUAGCUUGUUCGCGCAGAGCUCGGGACCGCAACUUGCCUUCCGGAAUUGGAUUCGUGGGCAAGGCAUUGAGGAGGACCUACAACAACACGGCAAUGCAUACACAUUCGAAGGGCACGUAUGGAAUGCGACAAGUGUGGGGCGCUACAAGAUUGUCAGCGGAGUGCCAACGCGACUGCUGUGGGUCGACGCCGCCCCAGGAGGAAAGAGCCACCGCACCCUCCGACGCGAGCGGAAAACGCCUCGGAGCAAGCAUCGCGCGGAUGCGCUACCCAUCAAGCCCCAGCUUUCGCUUGCCCAGAUACCACAAAAUCCUGAGCCCGGUACCAGCUCUUCUGCAGACCAAAGCGCAGCCACGCACACGUCCUUCGACUGUACCUCCGAUGUACUCACCUCGACCAGCCCGCACAUCGAGUACUUCCGCAGUAUAGAUUGGGCAAACACACCCCUGGGUCCAAUGAGUUCAUGGCCUAGUGAUCUACGUUGCGUAGCAAACACAGUGCUCAGUAACAAUGUGCCAGCCGUCAUGUUCUGGGGCGACGAUGUCAUUAUGUUGUACAACGAGUCAUAUGUCCAACUCCUUGGCAGCCUCCAUCCUUGCAUGGGCGAAAGCGUCCGCGUCAAGGCACCGGAUCAUUGGGUCUCGUUUCAACCUCUGGUAGACUACAUCAAAUCAACAGGCGAAUCAAUAGCCGAACCUGACAUGCUCCUCUUCAUUGAGAGAGACAAGAUCCUUGAAGAGACACACUGGUCUUUUCAAUUCGUCCCAAUAUUGAACACCGACGGCCAAGUGGCAGCCUACUACCAGUCCUUCUACGAAGUUUCCAACCACCGUAUCCUCGAGCGCCGCGUCUCUAGUCUGGUCGCAAUGGGAACCCAGAGUGCGAAUGCCAGAGAUUUCCCAUCAUUUUGGGAGACUACAUUGCGAUCACUCAGCUUGAACGAUAAAGAUGUGCCAUUUGCCUUGCUAUAUGCUGCCGAGCGGCAUGUUAGCGCUCAAAUACCAUCGGUAUCAUCCCCCGGUAGCAUUCCUCCGUUGGAAGGUUGCGUUCUCAAGGGUACCAUUGGCGUCUCCGGUGACCAUGCCAUCGCCCCUGCGAGUAUCAACAUCAAUGAAGGCUCUUAUAUUCUCCAGCCGUUCCUGAGUCGAGCCGCCAAGUCCGGGAAAGCGACCGUUGUUCACGUCGAGGAUCUUCCCGAUCCAACAAGGGCCUUGCAAGGCAUCGACUGGAAAGGAUAUGGUGACCCUUGUCGAACCCUAGUCAUCUGUCCAAUAAUACCCACCACUGGUAACCAGGUAGAAGGUUUCCUCAUAAUCGGCAUAAAUCCGCGCCGCCCCUUCGACGAAGAGUACCAGCAAUACCUGCAUGUCAUGGUGCGGUUGCUGGCUACGUCUCUUGCUUCCAUCGUUCUUUUUGAAGACGAAGUCCAACAAAGAGAAAACGCCAUCAUCCAGGCUGCUCAGAUCCAAGAACAUCUGAUGGCGGAAAUACAACUCAAAGAAAGCAAGUUUCAGCGCUUCGCGGAACGAUCCGACGUAGGCAUCUUUAUUAUUGAUCCGGCAGGAGCUUAUACUUACCGUAAUCAACGAUGGCAUGAUAUAUUUGAGGUCGCAUCCUCUGAAGACAACGCCACCGUGGCAUGGUAUAAGAUUGCGUUCGAAGAGGACAUCCCUUACUGCCAAUCCAUGUUCGCAAAACUAAUCAUGAAUCACGAAUCUGUUAUCUUUGAGCUGCGUACGCGGAUGCCCUGGACGCCGCCGUCACAGUCAGAUGAGCCGCAGACCGAGGAUACCCAGCACUAUAAGUGGAUUUUGUGUUCAGCCUUCCCCGAGUUGGGUCCGAACGGCGAUCUUGUUGAGGUCGUCGGGAAUGUUACAGAUAUAUCCAAGCAGAAGUGGGCUGAAGGCAUUCAAAAGAUACGCAUGGACAGCGCCCUGCAAGGCAAGCAACACCUAGAACACUUUCUGGACACGACGAGUCAUGAGAUGCGAAACCCUCUCAGCGCCAUCAUGCAAUGCGCGGAUUCUAUCACGUCUUCCUAUCCCCAAGAAGAUUACCAAGCGCGCCAAAACACCACACCAAACGAGUGGACGGCUUUCAUCGAGUCUACCCUUGACGCUGCCCAGACGAUAGGAGUUUGCGCAUCGCACAUGAAGCACAUAGUCGACGAUAUCCUCACCAUAUCCAAACUUGAUUCGGGUCUCUUGGACAUGACACCGGUCAUUGCGCAACCCGAGAGUGUGGUUAUGCAUGCAGUGAAGAUGUUCGACGCAGAAGCGAGAGCAGCAGGUAUCAACCUCGUGUUGAACGUGGAUCAAUCCUAUCGCAACAUGGAGAUCGACUGGGCAUCUCUGGAUCCAACAAGGGUGCUGCAGAUUCUCAUCAACCUUCUCACCAAUGCCAUCAAGUUCACACGCUUGGAGUCCACGAAGCGUGUAACAGUGACUCUGGCCGCCAGUAGCGCUGAACCCGUCUCAACGCUACAUGGAAUACAGUAUAACGAGGAGAGGCUAGUAGGACAAGACCCCCACUUGGAAGAGGAUUGGAAGAAAGCUCAAGAGUUAUUCUACAUUCAAUUUGCCGUCACUGAUACGGGCCGUGGACUUUCCGACGAAGAAAAAUGCAACCUCUUCACCCGCUUUUCACAAGCCUCACCUCGGACGCACAUACACUACGGUGGCUCUGGCCUUGGGUUAUUCAUAUCUAGACGUCUCACCGAGUUACAAGGCGGAUCAAUCGGCGUCGCGAGUGAGUCUGGAAGAGGCAGCACGUUUGCCUUCUACAUCAAAUCACGACGGGCGAGACCUAUUGUAGCCCGGAAAGGCAGUCUUCCCCAUGUUUUCCCAGAAGAGAUCAAGCACAGACGGCCGAUACCGCUCGUAAGCCUAACGCGUCCGUCUCCUCCCGUGCGCAUAUCCACAGGCGAGCAAGGUCACAGAUCAGAUUCUGCCAGUCCAAAAGCACGCCGCCCGUCAGUGCAAUCAAAAUCCUCGCAGACCGAACACUCCCAUGUUCGCCCCGAAGCGCUAGGGCUACCAGAGGGUCCUGAUCUGCAAGAAUUGAAGCGCACAAAAAGUAUACCAGAUACGCUGCAUGUUCUCGUCGUGGAAGACAAUCUCAUCAACCAGCGCGUUCUCGCCAAACAAUUGCGCAAUCUAGGAUGUGUUGUGAGCGUCGCCAACCACGGUCAAGAGGCCCUUGACUUUCUACCAAAGACCAGUCUGUGGAAAAACGAUCAAGCUACUGGCGACGCAAUCGCACGAGAGGCCCUCCAUAAUGGUGAACUGCCCGUCGAACUCAGCCUCAUCCUCAUGGAUUGGGAGAUGCCCAUCAUGAACGGACUCACAGCCGUUGCCGAAAUACGCAAGCUUGAGCAACAAGGCUUGUUGAAGGAGCGAGUGCCAAUUAUCGGGGUCACAGCCAAUGUGCGUCAACAGCAGAUCGAACAAGCUAUGGCUGCAGGAAUGGAUGAUGUUGUUGGCAAGCCUUUCAGGGUUGCGGAGUUGCUCGUACGGAUGAGGGGCAUAGUCGCUGCGUCCGACGUGCUAGCAUACGGCCCAAUCGUGCGCACAGCACCGGACGAAGUGGCCGUCAGCGACCCAAGUGCCAUUCCUAUCCUAUAUCCUACGCAGCAGCCACUUGAAAAAACCGAUUGGUACCUCACAUAUAGAGCGGUGAACCUUGGGCCCAGCCCCGACUUAUUCACAGAUGACAAUGAGAAACAUCAUGCAGCUCACCGACGGACCGUCGGCUCUGUAUACACACUAAGCAGCAUAUUGAAGAACGAGCGGGCCCUGGACGAAUUGAUGAUGUUGUUCGGGAAGAGGCUCGGUGGAUUUGCAGACCGUGAGGAAGAUGUUGAUUUUGGGUUAUGGCUGGAAAUGUUCUCCUUCGACAGCGUAGGCGCCGUAUUCUUCGGCCAGCCCUUCGGCUUCCUGGAAACGAGUUCAGACUAUGGGAACUACAUCGCCGCCGUACAUACCGCCAUGCCGAUGAGCUCCGUCAUAGCGAUGGCGCCGCUGUGGUGCCGCGGGUACCUCCUCCAGAUGGGCGUCAUGAUCCCAAAAGUCUUCAAAGCUAUCAUGGCUGUAGAUGGCAUCGGGCAGACUGCUGUCCGUGAAACUGGCGUUGCGCAGGAGAAAAGGGCGGAAGCGGAUACGCAUCGCACGGAUGUUCUGUCGCAGUUAUUAGGGAUUAUGAGGGAGAAGGGAGACAGUCUGUCAAUCGAAAAGAUUCAUGUUGAGAUGUGGGCGGCUGUUAUCGCCGGCUCAGACAGUACAUCCGGUGCUCUCCGCGCAAUCUUCUACUUCCUCAUGAAACAUCCCUCAAAGAUGGAACGACUAACCCAGGAGAUCGACCAUGCCUUUCAGAACAGCACGCUCACCAGUCCCGUACAAUACAACCAAGCCACCAAGCUACCCUACCUCAUGGCCGUCAUCCAAGAGUCGCUAAGACUUUUCCCGCCGUUUGGCGUGCCCAUGCCGCGGUACGUGCCGAACGGUGGUCUGCACCUCUUCAGUCAUCACAUCCCUGCUGGCUUCAAGAUCGGCAUGAAUGCCAUGGUCACGCAAUACGAUGAAUCGGUCUUUGGUGAAGACGCGCGGGAGUUCCGUCCGGAGCGAUGGCUUGUCGAUGACGCACGAUACAGAACCAUGCAGAAAGCUAUGCUGGUGUUUGGCGCGGGUGGUGCCGGAGAUACUGAGGAGGUUUACGGUGGAGAUGGCGCAUGA